AUGCUGAACGAGCUGACAGGAACACAAACAUCUGGCAGCAGUGGAGAUGGACAGGAUGCUGAGGAGCCAGUGGAUGACUUUGGAGUCGCAGCGUUUGAGGCAGACAUGAGGCAGUAUGCCCAGCAGGUGGCUCAGGAUGAUGAGAUUCACGAGGAUGCCACCGUGCUCAGUUCUUCUCGGCGAAGAGGAGAGCUCAGCGCUGACGAGGAUGAAGAGCUGGAUGAGGACGACCCGCUCUUUAGCAUGAGCAAAACGCAGGCGCGGUUCCAUCUGACGCAGAUCCUGAAGGGCAGGGGCGGUACGCCGCCAAUGCAACGAGGCUCAGAGAACGAGGAGCGCAUGGAAGUGGUGGAUGUGAACCGCUCAAAUAAGGGCACGCGCUCUGGUGGCAUCGGCAGGUUCUCCACCAUGGUUGUGGUCGGCAAUUUUGCGGGUGUGUUGGGAAUGGGCGUCGGCAGGUCGGCAGAGCUGGCGGACUCUGCGUCGAAGAACCUGUUCUAUGUGCCGCGGUUUCGGGGGCACACGAUCAUCCACCCCGUAACGGCCAAGUACGGGCGCGUGACGCUGCAUGCCUACCCCAUGACUAGCGGCAGCGGCAUCCGUGCCAGCAAGCUCAUGGAGAGUAUCUGCCGCCUUGCCGGCCUGCAGAACAUUGGCAUCAAGAUCCAUGGGUCGAGGUGCGCGCGCAACGCUGUCAAGGCGCUAAUCGAGGCGUUCGAGAGCCAGCAGACGCUGAGUCAGACGCAGAAGGCGCUCGGCAACCGCAGGAUCCGCGAGCUGGCGGUGGGCAUGUUCCGGCGCAGUCCCAAGGAGUUGGUCAAGGGGGUGAAGGGCGAAUGGUACAAGGACUUUUCCCGGCCCGGGAUGCGCCGCGCGCCGCUGCCGACCCCAAUGUCGGGUGCGGCGCUUGCUGACAUCAUCGGCCGCGAUGAGCCAGUGGAGCGGAACUGGCAGUAG